AUGGAUCCUCAAGUGGGAGGAGGAAAACGAUCAAAGAAGGAUACGAAAUCCACGUCAACAACGCUGAAAAUAUCAGCAACAAAAUCUACGCUAAAAACAUCAGCAACUAAAUCUACGCUAGCAACACCAGCGACUACACCAACAACUGCCACAGCGACCGCAACGACGAAAAAUACGCCAAAAACGACUGCAAAACCAGCAAAGACAAAAGCAAUAUCGGAACAAGGAUAUGAUCCAGAAGAAGGGCCGCCUGGAAGAAGUCUCUUUAUCACCAUUGGAAUUUGGUUUCUAGUCAUAAUUCUAAUCGCAGGAGGUGUUAUGUUUGGACUUAUCCUAACUCAAUCCAAAAUCGACGACACUCCCAAGAAAAUCUUGCAACAACACAAAGAAGGUAUGAUUAUUUAUUCUAGAAUAUAGAUAUCUCAAAUUCAAACUAUUUCUUCUUUCAGAUACAGUCAAAUCUAUCGACAAAGCUAUUCAAGUUGUUCAAACCUUUCCGGUUUUGUUUGAUAAUUUUGCGCUUGAACAAAUGUCACCGGAACUAUUCAAAAUCAUUCGCAAAGAACUGAAUGUGGAAGAUUUGGUGAGUUUUUCGAUAGUUUCUACUAAAACAAGUGAUUAUAUUUAUAAAAUUACAGAAGGAGUCGGAUUUUUACAAGGAAGAUGAUAGUCUGCCAUAUGGAGCUGUUUUUACUACACUUGGAAAAAAUUGCCCACCCUUGCCGACUGGAUUUAAUGUAGAGAAUUUUCUCUCCUUGUGGAACAAUGGAACAAACAUGCAAAGAGAGCAACUGAAAAAGAUCAUCAGUCCAUUUAUUGCUCAAGAAAAAUCGUUCAGUGAUACUUUGAAGAGCGAAUCAGAAAAACCGGGAAGAUUUUCGCAGCGCAGAGUUGUGAUGUACUCUGAAGAUAUUAUAACAAUGCUUCAUGAUUACAAAGAGAUAACUGUGGCUCGAUAUGAUUCAUUGAUAAAAUCAUAUGAAGAUCAGGAGGAGUCUCGUAACGUUGCCGAACUUGCUCAUUUGAUAUUCGUCAUCAUACUUUAUGCAAUUAAUUUGAUCAAUUUUGGCGCAAUCAUCAUUGUGUUCAUCUUAUUCCAAAAAGGCAAAAUCAAAUUGAAAACUCUGAAUAAGUCUUCAAUUAUUCUUUUCAUUAUUUCUUUGGUGUUUGCAUUUGGUUUGAUUAUUUAUUCAGUUUUUGGAACAGCUGGAUUAUCUCCAUUUGGAUACGAAUGUAAAUUGUCCAGCAAUGUUCAAAAUCCAGACAAAAAAUUCACUAAUUUCGAUGGACAAGUCACAGAUCUUGGGUUUGUAUUUUUUAAAAAAGAAAUUACAUUGAUAAAGUUUAUGUUUCAGAAAGAUUGCUGGUAGUUGUGAAAAUGGGGCGUCGAUUUUUUCGAAAACAUCGCCAUUUUUGAAUUUUGACAAAAUCAAGCGUAGUUUGAAUGGUUUUGAAAAAGUUGUCAUCAAUUUUGCUGAAAAUCUUCAGUUCAAAGCCAAUUUGGAUGAUAAAAAAAUUAUUCACAUGAAGUCAACAUUGGACGCGGAACUAUCGGACCUGCUAAAAUAUCAAAAGAAUGGAACCUGUUUGACGCCUGGUGGUAGAACCAAUAUUGCUUUGAUGAUUGGAGCAUUGGAAAAUAUCAAAACUGCUUUGGUGACACUUGAAACGCGUUCAAAAGAGUUUCCCAAUAAGAAUAUACAGCCAAUGUUAUCCGCCUACAUUAAAACAUCAUUUGAUUCUUUGAGAAAUGUUUCGGAAGCCGCAGUGGAUUCGAUGAAUGUAACACAGGCAAUAACGGAAGGAUCCAUAAUGGAUCCAUUAUGGAUCCUUCCGUUAUUGCCUGUGUAAAUGAUUUAUAUAUACAUAGAUAAAUGUUAUUUUAUUUCAGUCGAUAUUCGAUUCUAUCGAUAUUUCGUGCCAAGAAGUCCCGACAGCCGCAUGCGAUGAUCGUUUGAAGGACAACAUUUCUGGUUGGAUAUUGUUUUUUGUGUUCUUUUUGAAUGCACUUCUGGCCAAGUUGCUUUAUACGAUUCCAGCCAGAGAGUUUCAAAUGAAUCAUGAAUUUGAAAAGAAAAUCAAUGCUUUGAAAGAGGAAGUUGAAGAUCCAACGAAGUCAGUCGAUGUAAGUUAGUUUUUAAUUUUUGAUGUAUAAACAUGUCAAAAUGAAAAAUAGACAAACUAUCCUGGAAUUUUUUAGAUUUUUUGAAAAUUUUUCGAAACUUUCGUGACAGAUCAAUUUUUGAUUGUUCAAAGUAUUUUUAUAGAAGAAACAAGUGAAAACUGAAAAAGACCGAACCAAGUCUUUGGAGACUGCUUUGAUCAAGAAGGAACAGAAAUCCUCCAAUCAACCGGAAAAUGGAGAAAAUCCAGAUACUGAUGCAACUGGUACGCCUGCGGUUAAAUUUUGA